CUCACGAGGAGCGGUACCCGGACUGAUCACAUGACCGCCCCUCAUCGCGCUACCGCUCUGCUUGGAUGCGCGUCGGUUGUUCUUGUGACCGAGAGCGACCAUCGAUCGGCCGGGCCUCUGAAAGCAGCUCCGCGGCUCAACUGAACGGGAACAGACAUGUCAGACAUAGUUCCUCCAGAGGUGAGACCUAAACCAGCCGUCCCUGCCAAGCCCCCGAAUGUGGGGGCUCCUUCCCCCUCCAGCCCCUUCCCGCCGCAGGGCCCGGGCAUAGGAGGCGGUGCUUCAGCUCUGCCUCCCAGUGCCAUCCCAGUCCCCAUCGGGAGUCACGUCGCCAGCCAUGCCGUGGGCCACAACGUGGGCCAUGGGGCGGGCCAUGUUGGGGGCCUCGCCGCUGCCCACAAUGGAGGUCACGGUCACGCAGGCGCCCACAGGUCCGGGGGCGGAUCCACUCUGCUGGGGUAUAUUGGCAUCGACACCAUCAUUGAGCAGAUGAGGAAGAAGACCAUGAAGGCGGGCUUUGACUUCAACAUCAUGGUUGUUGGGAACAGCGGCCUUGGAAAGUCCACCCUGGUGAACACCCUUUUCAAGUCCCAGGUGAGCAGGAGGAGUGCCGGGUGGGCCCGCGAUGAGAAGAUCCCCAAAACCAUCGAGAUCAAAGCCGUGUCUCAUGUCCUCGAGGAGGGCGGCGUGAAGAUGAAGCUGACAGUGGUCGACACCCCGGGAUUUGGAGACCAAAUCAAUAACGACAAUUGCUGGGAGCCCAUCUCCAAGUACAUCAACGAGCAGUACGAAAAGUUCCUGAAGGAGGAGGUCAACAUCACCAGGAAGAAGCGCAUCCCCGACACCAGGGUGCACUGCUGCAUCUACUUCAUCACCCCGACCGGACACUCUCUGCGGUCGCUCGACAUCGAGUUCAUGAAGCGCUUGAGUCACUCGGUCAACAUCAUUCCCGUCAUAGCCAAGUCAGACACCAUGACCAUUGAGGAGAGGCUGGAGUUCAAACAGCGGGUAAGGAAGGAGCUGGAGAUGGGCGGGAUCGAGGUUUACCCCCAGAAAGAGUUUGACGAAGACAUGGAGGACAAAAGCGACAAUGACAAGAUCCGGGAGGCGAUGCCCUUUGCUGUGGUGGGCAGCGACAAAGAAUAUCAAGUGAACGGCAAACGAGUUCUGGGGAGGAAGACGGCGUGGGGCAUUGUGGAAGUCGAGAAUCCAAACCAUUGUGAAUUUGCUCAGCUGAGAGACUUCCUGAUCAGGUCUCACCUCCAGGAUUUGAAGGAGGUCACUCACAACAUCCACUAUGAAACCUAUCGUGCCAAGAGACUGAACGAGAACGGCGGCCUCCACCCCAUCACCUGCAAUGACACCCAGGAAAGCAACUUGUAGUCAGCUCAGUCGGUGUGAGAAUAUAAACAGUGCAACGAAGCUGAUAGAGGAACCCAUAAAAUGUUGUGACCAUUGUUACCACGGCAUCGGUGCGUGCUCUGUGACCUGUCCAUUUCUUCUGAUCCCUAACGCCGCCCAUCGUCUUCUACAGUCUCGUCCCCCAAAACACAUCAAACCCCUCCGGUCCAAUGUCAAAGUCGUUCAGAUUGAUGUAUGGACAAUCUAGUGCCAUUGUAAAAUUAACAACAAUUUGCUGGAAAUAUUAUAAUCAUAGCAUUGUAUGGCUCAGUAUGGCUCAGUCCUGAUAGUUACAAAUUGCUUCUUCAAAACUCUCUGCGGCCGCAGUUGAUUGAAGGAAAGAAUCCUCGUUGCUUUACUGUUAACAGAGCAAGCUGUGCCGUCUUCUCUUACAACCCGCCCCCACAAAGAAAACAAAGCUCCCUCUCCUGUUGCUUUUUUUGUCCAUUCAAAAAUAGUUUGCAUGCACAGACCUGUAAACAAGGGUGCAACAUUCACAUAUGAAAUGCAGUCCACAAGGUGCAUUCUGCGGAUUCUGUGAUUCCCGUAGUCGUGCACACAAACUAAACAGCUGGGGGAUGUUUGGCUCAGCACGCUGUGUUACACCACAGUAGGUAUAGAGGAAGGAAAUAUGCAUUAAUGCUUGAGCUCACUCGCAUUAGCUGCGUUUUUCUCCAUGAAAUACCCUGGAGGAUAAUUAUAGAACAGAUUAGUUGUUUUUAAUAAAUAUUUCAACAUGCCCCAAAUUCUAAUGUAAUCUUAAAGCCUGCCGCAUGUCGGUGAGCGGAAAUCUUUUGCUCAUGUUUUUUUUCUUUUUUGCAUGGAGGAUGUGGUUUACUUGUUACCAAACCCACUGGUCACUCAGGAAUAAAAUAUUUUCUUACUCGAAAGAAAUCCCACCAAUAACAUAGGUGGACAGAAAACCUUUUUGGUGCAACGCAGAAAUCUAAUGUGGUGGCCAGUGUUUGUGUUGAUGCCAUUCGAAUAUGAAGUUCAGAGAUCCACCACUUCGGGGCAGCACUCUGCCGUCUAUAAGCAGUGACUCGUAGGCAGGCGGACCAGCGCUUCGUCCACACACAUUCCUACUGCUCAGAUGCGUUUUGUACACAGUCGAUAUAUUGAUGAAGUUUACAGAGUUUGGAUCCUCUACUGCUGUCACUGAUAACUUGCAUAUCUCGCUCGGGUCUGCAAGAAACGUUAAUUAUAUUACCCCAAAGUGUUGGUGCAAUUAUUCCAAAUCCAUAAGAUUUAUGAAGUUAUAAACAUGUUUACCAAGUUCCCUUCAAGAACCCAGCUGUUGUACUGCUGUGCACUGCAGUGUCUGCAGUAGAGCACACAAUAUGCCAAAACUACAAGUAAUUCAAUCUUUCGAUUUUAAUAUAAAAAUGUGUCAUAUGCAGCAAAUAGCUAAUUGUUGUCUGUGAAUUUAGUGCAGUCAAAGGUUUCAAGCAGAAAUUUGAAAUGGUGUUUGUGCGUGCAUGCUUGUGUCCAUACCGACUGAUCAGGUCACAUAUCUGUCACUUAACCCCUGUAACUAAAUCAUCUACAUAUCACUCAUCCGUUUGAAUGAGUAGAACGCUACCAUGUACAUUUAUUUGAUAACCACUUUUCUCAAAGUUGCAAUGACACAUUGAGAAAUAAUUCUCUGCGUUAUGUUGAGUUAUACAUUAAUGUCUUAUUAUUGUAAUUUAUUCUUUACUAAAUUAAAGCACAUUUCCAUGUUG